UUUCUAUAUGUUAUAAUGGGAGUGUUUGACACGGUUUUGUUUAGUCCUUAAAGCAUGGAAGAGACCAAAGUUGAAGGUCUGAAAUGGGUUCUGGGGUUUGAAAUAAAAUAAAAUAAUAAUGAGAGGAAUAGUGGAGUUCUGACGAAGGUGUUUCAGUUGAGAUGCCUGACUUGAAUUUUGCUUUAAAAGCUUUGAAAACUCAGAAGAAAGAGAGAAGUUGAAGUCUUAGGCUUCUAGAUAUAUAAUAUUUGCACUCAACGAAUAUCUUUAUAAAGCUCCACUUGUAACAGAGAAUGGGAUGGUUCACUUGACAGAAAAGCCACAGCUAAAGUUCUGAUCAAGUAUAUUAUAAGUUGGGACUUUUGGGAUAUAUCUGAGAAGCUUUGAGAGGAUCAAGUUAUAUACAUCAGAGAGAAGUCUUAAUUUGGGAGAACCCUUUAUCAAACUUAAUGCAGAGAACUCGCCAUUGAAGCUUUGUGGAAGAACCUUUCACUGUAUUAGUUCAGGUUAGUUAUGGGAUCCACACAUGGAAUGAAAGUCGUCCUCUCCUUAAUUUUCAUGAUGGUAAUUUUCGCCUUGAGUUUCCCAGAAAUUGCAGGACAGACAAUCUUAUCUAGUGGAUUCAUAACAGGGAGAAAUUUGCUUCAGACAGACAGUGUCUCAGAACCCAUUGGACAGACAGAUGAUACUGUGAGGGUGGAUCCUUUAGACCAUUUUAAGAAAUACAGAGGAGGAUAUAACAUUACCAACAAGCAUUAUUGGAGUUCAACUAUAUUUACUGGAAGUUAUGGAUAUUGCAUUGGGGUGUUGUGGCUUUUGUGUGGACUUGUAUAUGGAGGUUUUCUAUUGGCAAAUAUAUAUUGUAGUAAAACUAGAAAGAGUGGAAAGCUGAGGAAAAGAUCACCUUGUCAUAGGCAGUGUUACCUCUGGCAUAUUCUCGUGGUCAUAUCCUUGACAAUCCUGGCAAUAGCUGCAUCUGGGUUAGUUCUGGCGGGCAGUGCAAAAUUUCACUCACAAGCAAAAACUGUUGUGAACAUUAUCAUUAACACCGCAAAUGAGGCAUCAGAAACCAUACACAACACAACAGAGGCAAUGAAUAACAUUGCAAAUAACUUAGAAACAUCCAGUGAAAACAGUGAAACUUCUAGCUUCCUUACCUCCACAUCCAAGAAACUCGAUGUUGAAGCUGCAGACAUACAAAUGCAGGCUAAGAAGAACAGGCGUCUGAUUGACAAGGGUCUACGGAUAGUGUACAUACUAACCACAGUCAUUAUUUCGUUGAACCUGGUUGCGGUCAUAGCUUUAUCAGGCUUCGGAACUCUGAGGGUUCGCCGUGCCCUUCACUUAUUCAUCAUACUAUGCUGGUUCCUUACAGUUCUAUGCUGGUUGUUCUUUGGAAUGUACUUCUUCUUGGAAAAGUUCUCAGGUGAUACUUGCACAGCUCUUGAAAACUUCCAACAAAAUCCCGACAACAACAGCUUGAGCUCAAUCCUUCCUUGUGAUGAAUUGCUCUCAGCUAAAUCAGUCCUAUUUGAUGUCAGUGCAGGGAUAUACACCCUUGUAAAUGAGGUGAACUUGAAUAUAUCAGUUCUACAGGCAACAUCUUAUCCAAAUCUUGCUCAUGUCUGCAAUCCUUUCUCUUCACCACCAAAGUACCAAUACCAGCCAGACAACUGUCCAGCUGACACAAUUCGAAUAGGUGACAUCCCAAAGGUAUUGAAGUUACUUACUUGUUCUGAAGCCAACAAUUCGACAUGUGAAUUUGGAUUUAUAUCCAAUACCGAUUAUAAGACAGUGGAGUCUUACUCAAGUUCAGUACAAAAUCUGCUAAAUGCGUACCCAGGUAUGGAAAGUCUGGUAGAAUGUCAGUCAGUGAAGGACGCCUUUUCUGAGAUCCUGCUAAACCACUGCAAACCUUUGAAGAGAGAUGUUCAGAUGGUUUGGGUGUCAAUGGUCUUUCUGUCAAUGAUCAUGGUGUUUUUAAUUUUGAUAUGGAUAGCACAAGCUAAUCAUGAGAAGAAUCAUCAUUUUUCAGAUGGUUCUGUGAAACCCAAUUUAGCUAAAGCAAAUAUGCUGGAUGCAGGAACAGCUAAAGAAAUUAACUGUAACCCAAAUUCUAGCGUAGUCUAGAACUAGCAAUUAGUUUCAAGGAAAAUACUGGAAGACAAACGCGCAAGCGACUUCCAAAAACUCUAGAAUAGGAUAGGAUUAUCAUAUACAAGAUUAUAUAUGUACAUAAAGAAAGCAGAGAUCAAGAAGAAAUUGCGAUGGGUGCAACAAAAUUAUUGUACCAGAAAACUGGAACACAAUUCUUUGUUUUUUUGAUACAGUAGAAGGCCAAAGCAGGGGACCAACCCCAUAAUGAAGUGUAAGGAAAUAUGUCAAGCAAUAUAUUUUACUUGAUUCAAUUCUUAA